AUGGCCCAUGCUAAGGCGCUCGCAUUCACAGAACUGAACAUCGACGCUGAUUUCACCACCUCGUCUCCCGUGCUAGACCACGAAGAGCAUGGACCGAUGUAUCAACGCGGCGGAAGCAAUGGCCUGAACCGCCGCCUCUCUCCCUCUCAGUCUCUCUCCCCAUCUGCCUCUCCCUCUGUUGGUGCUGGUGCUGGUGCUGGUACUCGUGCUAAGGCUGCCAGAAAGGACGAGCGAGAGCAGUCAUGGACGCCUCACGUACCAACACCGCCCAUCAGCGUGCCUUACCCAGAGGACAAGCUUCAUGGCUCUCCCGGCGUCGACGAGGACUGCGAGUAUGAUCCUCAGCGAUACCAGGACCCUUCGCCCCUAAACCACCACUUUGGCAGGGCCAGGAGGCCCUCCAUCAGCUUCAACCCCCAGGUCACCCUAGAAACCGGCGACCAGAUCGGCCUCGAGGAACCCAUCAGCGGUCUUGGAAGGAGAAGCCAGGUCGGCGUCAGGUCGGCGUCGGGGCCUGGAUCGUCAGAGCUCAAGCAGCUCUACGCCAACGCAGCUCCUGAACGGCUCGCCCAGACCGCGGCUGGCUGCAACAACGACAGCAGCGACGGAUACAACUCUCACCACCAUAACCAUAACCACCACCAUAACCACCAUCAGGGCCGCCGUCGUCAAGAUAGCUCAGGAGAUGAGUUCUCUCAGUGCCAUUCUCCACGAACCUCCCCUUUAUCAGAGGUUUUCUCCGCCGAUGCUGACCUUCCACGACCAACAUCUCUGACCUCACUUUCAACGGCUUCUCCCAUCUCAGAUGAACUGAGAACACCACCGGAUUCACGCCAGGGUAGCCUCACUUCGCCCUUUCUAUCUUCACCAAACCUCCGUCGCCAUGGCUCGAUCGAUAGCGAAGGAGACUCAUGGCCGAGCCUCUCUCGCCAUCUCUACGGCAGCCUGACCGAAAGCUACUCCUUUGGUCGACGGACAAACAGUCUACGGCAGUCCAUGCGAUCUUACUCUCGCAAAUCUCCCAACAUGAGCGGUAAAUCACCUGCCAGCGCUUUUCUCUCUACCAUGAACCGGGAAGAGGCUCCCGCUCCCAAGCCUGACGACGAGGGUCAGGUUAUCGGGCAGGACUACGUUAUCGGUAAGCAGAUCGGGUUUGGAGGCUUCAGCACCGUUAAGGAAGCGUUCAAAGUUACCGACGAGGGCCAGACCAUCCGUCAUGCAGUCAAAAUCGUGAAGAAGUACCUAACGGGCAAAAGCGAAAGAGAAAACGACCAGGCGCAGGCCGAAUUCGACCACGAGGUUCGCAUCUGGCGAUAUCUCAACCAUCCACACAUCCUACCGCUUGAUGCGGUCUACGAAACGGACUAUGCUACGUUUUGCUUCACAAAGCUUACCGAAGGAGGCUCGCUCUUCGACUUGGUCAAGAAGCAGCGCCAAAAUAUCCCACUUUCUCACGCAAAGCAGUACUCGUACCAGUUGGCCUGUGCUCUCCGAUACCUACACGAGGACGCCCGUGUUGUCCACCGAGACAUCAAACUGGAGAAUUGCCUACUGGAACCCCGAGAGAACUCUGAGGAACCCCCCCGCUUGAUCCUCUGUGACUUUGGCAUGGCCGAAUGGAUGACUACCGACACAUGCAGCUCCCCAGAUCCCUACGACAACGCUGCCGAUCGACCUCCGCCUAGAACCAUUGGGCCGUCUGACACAAGCACCAGCGUGGCCGGCAGCUUAGAGUACGCCUCCCCAGAGCUCCUCAUGGCCAACGUCGGGGUCCUCGACCCUGUCGUUGAUAUCUGGGCGUUUGGCGUGGUCGCUUACUCCCUUAUCGUGGGAUCCAGGCCUUUCCAGAGUUCUUUCCAGCCACGUAUCCAGAGCAACAUCCUGGCUGGCAAAUGGGAUCGCAGCGCUGUCCUGGCCACCACGGACGAAUCCGAGAAGCAAGACCGUGCAGACGCACUGGAGAUGAUUGAGGGGUGCCUCGAGAUGGACCCCAUGAAACGAUGGACUAUCUCCGAAGUCCUUGCUUGCCGAUGGUUUCAUAGCUGCGCAGACAGUGCGGAGCUCGCCACUCGUCUCAACCGAUGGGGGUUCUCCUCUUGA